GUAUGCAGAACAGGGGCGGACUGAACAUUUGGAAACUCGGGCGCUGCCCGAGGGCCCAGGGUCAGUAGGGGGCCCCAUGAGAUGCCCCUGGUACCUUUUUUUAUAGGUUUUUUUGAGUUUGGGCAAGGACACAGGGGCCCCCAUGAUCCCCUACUGCCUGGGGGCCCCAUGAGAUGUCAGUCCGCCCCUGUUACAGAAGAUGAGGGUGUUACAUUAAUAUAGUCCUAACAGAGGGGAGAGUGCAUGCUGACAAUACAAGCUCACAUUGAAG